UUUUCCACCAAAGAAAAAAAAAACGUCAGAGUCUCAAAUACUGAGAAUUGGAUUAAUGAAUAAUGACAAUGAUUGAAGAAAAAGGGUAGAGAAUUAAAGCCCUUUGUUUCUGCCCCAGAAUUCGUCCCAAAAAUUUUUCCUUUUUUGUUUUGAAGAAUAAAAAAAUGGCUGAUUUCUCAUUCCUUUCUGAUAGUGAUAAUGAGAAAGCGGUGGAUGAGUUACUCUCUGAAACAAUGGAUGAAGCCGUUCUUGAACAGAUUUCAGCCAUAAAUUGCUCUGGAUUCACUGAUUCAAACCUUCCUGCUCACUUGGAAACCCGGUUUCAAAAGCUCAAAUCUUUCCCAUCGGCAAAUUCAAAGCCUAAUAAGUAUUCACCUCACUGCCACUCUGCUUCCGCGUCAGUCUUCAAGAACUCAAAAAAUGAUGAAGAUUCAGUUGAGGAAAAGGAUUUCAAGGAGAAUAUAAAUUCAGGGUUUGGUUCAAUCCCAUCAAAAUCAUUGAGUUUUUCUAACAAAGAUGAGAUUUUUCAGGAUUCUAAGAAAAACCCUGACUGGAGAAAGGGUUUAAAGGCAAAGUCAGAAACCGAAUUUUUAUCAGCUACUUCGGAUUCAUUUGAUUUUUCUGCUGAAAAUGAGUUUUUUCCCUCUUCCAAGAAAAUCCCGUCUGGGAAAAAUAGGAAGGAAUUGAAAUCUCCUUCAGGGUCUUCUCCACUGCCCUCUGAUUCUUCAAGUGAGGCAUUGUCUCCGCCUCAGAAAAGUGGCUGUUUGUGGUGUUCUCCCAGGAAGUCUUCCUGCAAAAAGAAUAAGGAGAACAGGGUUUUAAAUGUAAGCCUUGAUUGGGGGAAGAAUGAUGAGGUUUUAACAGAUUUGAAUACUUUCUCAGGAAAAAACCAGCAGAAAUUGCUUAAGAAAGCUAUGAAGGAAGAGGAGGAAAUCAGUAAAGAGGCCGAGAAAAUUGUUAAGUGGGCAAAGCAAGCCUCUGCCAGGAUGGAGAUUUCCUGCAUUGAAGAUGAUCUCAGUGACAAUGAGAGUUUCCAAUGAUGAAGGUGUUCUUGAUGGCCAGUUUACACUCCGUUAUGAGUUCUCAGAAGAACAGAUGUCAAAAUGGGAGAACAUACAGAGCAUAUAGAUGGAAAAAUUUUGGGAUUCAUAAAUCUAUUGAUAUUUGUCUGCUCUAAGUAUGUAGGAGGAGCAAUCUAAUGUGAUUUAUUGAAUGCUCUAUAUAGCUUGUAUCAUCUCAGAUCCUGUUCUUGUCUGAAGUUUCAUGUGUCUAAAUCAGAAUGGCAUUGCUUAUCAGCCAGAAGACGAAAUCAUGCACCAAAAUUCACCUCUUACUGAGAGAGCCUGUGCAACAUUACUGGAUGCCCCUUCUUGACUCUCUUCUGAUGAACUUGUGACUGCACUUUCAGAUCUGACAUUGUAGAUGUUGGGUGUCUUCAAAAGUUGUUUUCACUCCAAAUCAUUUGCCCUGUCAGAACUAACACAUUUUACAGCUUCUAUUGCAUCAAAUUCAAUCCUCGCAUAGUUUUACUUGCUAUGCUCCCUUGCUAAGCCAA